AUGAGAGCCAGUUUUUCCGCUUCCGAUGUCCCUCUGAAUGCCCCUCACGGAGCUAAGGAGAGACGCUUCUCCAGUAGCAAAGAGCCUACUGACAGUGAAUUGAACUCUUCGGCCCAUCGUCACUUUCGUAACGCCCAUGAGGGGCACAAGCCUCAUGCUGGACUGGACCCUUCCCGUGCCUCGACUGGAGUUGUCUGGACCACUGAAAGAGCCUAUGAGCAUGGCUUUGCCGACCACCCAGAGCUAUGGGCGAACUUAGGUCAAGGCGCCCCUGAAGUCGACGAUGAGAUCGAAGGUUGCUUUGAAAGACCUCAUACCAUUGAUGUAUCUAUGUCGGGCCGCGAAUAUGGACCAACUGCUGGUAUCAAGCCCAUGAGAGAAGCUGUUGCCAAGCUCUACAACGAACAUCAUCGCAAGGGCAAGCCGAGCCAGUACACAUGGGAGAAUGUCUGCAUUGUCCCUGGUGGCAGAGCUGGACUCAUCAGAAUCGCCGCAGUCAUAGGAAAUGCCUACUUGAGCUUUUUUAUCCCAGAUUACACCGCCUACAACGAAAUGCUGUCCCUUUUCAAGAACUUCAGCGCAAUUCCCAUCCCACUGUCUAAGCAAGAUGGAUACCACAUGCACCCUGACAAGAUCGCAGAGGAGAUUGCUCGUGGAACCAGUGUCAUCUUGACAUCGAACCCUCGCAAUCCUACAGGCCAAGUUCUGACAAAUCCCCAGCUUGCGCAAAUCCAAGACAUAAGCAUAGACCGUGCAACACUGGUAUUUGACGAAUUUUACUCUGGUUAUAACUACACUACUGACUGUGAUGGUACUGUCAUCUCCGCUGCUGACAAUGUCGAGGAUGUCGACGAAGAUGAUGUCCUCAUCAUUGACGGUAUGACCAAGCGUUUCAGACUUCCCGGGUGGAGAAUAGCUUGGGUCAUAGGGCCCAAGGAGUUCAUCAAAGCCAUCGGCUCUUGUGGAUCGUACCUUGACGGUGGUGCCAAUGUACCAUUCCAGGAGGCUUCGAUACCUAUGCUCGAGCCAACUAAGGUCAAGAAGGAGAUGCGUGCCCUGCAGCACCAUUUCCGUGAGAAGAGAGACUAUGUCAUCGAGAGAUUGACCGAGAUGGGCUUCAAGAUUCCGUUGAUCCCCAACUCAACUUUCUAUUUGUGGCUGGAUCUGUCUUCGCUACCAGAAGGUAUCAACGAUGGUUUGAACUUCUUCAACGCCUGCCUCAAGGAGAAGGUCAUCGUGGUGCCUGGUAUCUUCUUCGAUCUCAAUCCUAGUAAGAGAAGAGACCUCUUCGACUCCCCUUGCCACAAGCAUGUCAGGUUGAGCUACGGCCCAAGAAUGGAUGUUUUGAAGAUGGGCCUUGAUGGUAUCGAAAGAGUUGUUAAGAAGCACCGCAACGAUCCUACCCCUGCUAGGCAGGACGGUCCUUCUGAGACCGUUCACGAAGGUCACGGCGAGCACCCCUGA